AUGGGUACACAGUUAUCAAAAAAAAAUUCACCUCGACUACCACACAUGAAAUAUAAUUUAAAUCAUUUUGCUGUUAUUACAGCUUUUUUUAAUCCAAUUAAAUAUAAAUCACGUUAUAAUUUAUAUCAUAAAUUUAAUAAGCAUAUGUCAUGUUGUGGCAUUAAUUUAUUUACUGUUGAAUGUAUAUUCGAUACAGAUGCAGCAUUAGGUUUACCCCAACAAAAAUUUGAAGUAACACGGGCAAAUGAGCCUCGACAUUUGCAAAUCAUAGCUCCUUCAGUUAUAUGGUUAAAAGAAAAUUUAAUUAAUAUUGCUGUUAAACAUUUACCUUCGUAUGUUGAAUAUGUUGCAUGGCUUGAUUCUGAUAUAGAAUUUCAACGUUAUGAUUGGCCUUAUUUAACUAUUGAUCAAUUACAACGGUAUCCAAUCGUACAAUUAUUUCAAAUGUCUUUCUUCUUAGGACCAUCAGGAAAAAAGGAAAUCUUACGUCGUGAUUAUUCAUUUGUUUAUUCAAUUACACAUGGAAAAACCAUUAGUUCUCGUCGUGCAUUAGACUGUUAUUUUCAUCCUGGUUAUGCCUGGGCAAUGCGCCGUGAAACUUUUGAUGAUAUUGGUGGUCUUCUGGAUUUUUCUAUUCUUGGUUCAGGUGAUAUUCAUUUUGCUUUUGCAUUAAUAAAUCGUAUUGAUGAAACCAUUCCAUCUGGAAUACAUGAUGAUUAUCGACGUUUAGCUAAUGCAUGGGGAGAACGAGUUGCUCAAAAAGCUGGCAAUGGUAUUCAUAUAUCAUAUACUCCAGUUAAUAUAUGGCACCAUUGGCAUGGCAGCCGUCGCGAUCGAAGAUAUAAUGAACGAUGGUCACUUCUUGAAAGAUUUCAAUUUUCUCCAUUGACCGAUCUAGAAAAGAAUGAUAGAACAGGUUUACUUCGUUUAACAGAUACUUAUCCUUAUAAUCAAUCAAAUUUAGUUCAACGUUUAAAAUUACUUGAAACAAAUAUUAUAAAUUAUUUUCGAUUACGUGAUGAAGAUAAUAUGAAAAAACCUAUACCAACAUUAAAUACAAAUGUACUAUCAAAUGCACCAUCACCUUCGUCAAAUCAAUUUUUUCGUCCAAUUAUGAAUGCAUCAAUGCAUUCUGACGCAUCUUCAAUAGAAGAUAAUCGAAGAUCCCAGGAUUUUGUACCUCGAGAUUAUUUAUCUGGAUAUCAAUCCCAUGAUAGUACUAUUCAUGAAAUUGUCCUUUAA